AUGCUAGGAGAUGCCGGCUUGGAGCAGUUGGAGACUGAUGGGGGAAACGGAAGUGAAGUGGAAGAGACUGCGUUUGUGCCAUCAGUUGAGCUUGUGGAAUGGGUGCUAGAGCUGCGUAGCGAACGUGGGCGGGGCAGUGACCUAACGGAAGAGACGGAAGAGAUAGAAGGGUUGGGGGUAGUUUGGUUGGCGGCGUUUGACGUUGACGUUUGUGGGAUGGGGUCAGGGGAGAGGUGUGUGCAUGACAGGGAACUCGCAGGAAGUUCGUCAAUCGCGUGCCAGGCAGACAGCUGUGCAGGAGGGAUGCGUGCUGACGGGCGGUAUAGGGGCGAUGUGCUUGUGGCGGUUAGCGUGCAGGGAAGAGGGAAGUUCGUCACAUGUGUGCCGCGAUACAACUUAGAGCGUGAGCAAGCGUGGCAUGGAGGGGGUGCCUCUGAGUGCAGUUCUCUCGAGUGGUUGGAUCCAUAUAUUUUGGAGACGUACCUGCAGAGAGAAGAUUGGAGCGCCUAA